AACAAAUAAAUCAUGGAAGAAAAACAGCUGUGUUUGGCUUCGAUCCGUUGAAGUAACUAAGUUUUCAUGAUAUGGAUUAAAAUUUUUAUUCAGACCCUUUCAUGAAGAGGAUGGUGCCUGAAAACUGUCUUAAAGUCUUGAAUAGAUGCACACUCGCAGGAUGCGCUGGUGCGCGCGUUGUAGUGUUUGUUCCAGUUUAAACCGCGUUAAUUAAAACGUUAACCUGAUUGGGUGGAGAGUGAGGGGGAGGGAGGCUGUCUCAGCCCCAAUAGGCGAAUCCUUUUUAAUAACCCGCCUCGAGAUAAUGAUGUGAAAAGACUGAAGCGUCUUGUGCGUAACGAGGAUGAUGGUGGUGAUCCGCCCAAGGUGAAUCCAACACAUACACAGAAAGAGAGAGAGAAAGAGAGAGAGAGGGAGGGAGAGAGAGAGAGAGAGAGAGUGACACUUUUUACACAAGUCUUUUCUUCAUCACCGCACCUCAGCUGACAAGAGAAGCCCCAAACUUCGCCGCUGACGCGCAAACAGAGGGAGAAACUCACUGAGAGGCGUCAGGAGUUCCCGGAACCCACCAGGCCAUGGACCGGAGGAUGAACCUGAACGGCGGCGCGGCAGGGGACAUUUUUCACAAAACUCUCAGUGCCGUGUCCGGCAAAAAGAUGGACCCGUUCAGAGCGUCUGCCGGCAUGGAGCUGCCGCCCAGAGACCGCCAGUCUCCAAUUAGCUGCUUUGACCAAGUCGAUCCUGACCCGAUCCAGCCCGGUGGACUGGCUGGAAGCAGAGGGGGCACUCUGGGUCUGCCGACUGGAUCUUUGUGCGUCAAGUACGGGGAGAGCGCCAACAGGACCUCGGCGGCGGAGAGCAGCGGCGGAGAGCAGAGCCCCGACGACGACAGCGACGGGCGGUGCGACAUGGUCCUCCUGACCGACGUGCGGACAGCAGCCGGGGGUAAAGCUGAAGGAGGAGGUAAGAAAACCAAAGAGCAGAAAAUGCUGCGGCUCAACAUCAACGCCAGGGAGAGACGGCGGAUGCACGACCUGAACGACGCGCUGGAUGAGCUCCGGGCGGUGAUCCCCUACGCGCACAGCCCGUCGGUGCGCAAACUCUCCAAAAUCGCCACCCUGCUGCUCGCAAAGAACUACAUCCUCAUGCAGGCGCAGGCGCUGGAGGAGAUGAGGAGGCUGGUGGCGUACCUUAACCAGGGCCAGGCCAUCUCCGCGGCUUCCAUACCAGCCACCACCGCGCUGGCAGCUCCUCCACCCGGCCUGGGCGCGUACGAGCAACCGCCCGGAUACCCGUUCCCCGCCGGGGUCACUGCGCCCUCCUGCCCGGACAAAUGCGCCCUAUUCAACAACGCCGCGUCCAGCCUCUGCAAACAGUGCACUGACAAGCCUUAAAACUGACCACAGAGACUACAAAGAAGCACACAAGAAGGAGAAAAAUCUGACAGAAGAUCGAGUAGAGACAAAAAUUAACAUUUUUAUAAUAUUUACUAAACGCAUUAAACCUCGCUUCUGUUUUUUUUUUCUGUUCGAACAACACUUGAUUGUGUACAUAAAUCAUCUUUAAAGUGCUGGUGUGAAUGAAGGCCGAACAGAAGCUGAAUUAAAGGCCUGUUGCUCUGUGAUGGACCCUCUGUGGAGAUUUCUGGGUGACCUGACAAACCUGCGUGACUUUUUUUUUUAUCCGGAGCGCAACAGCACCGACCUCACUGCUGCUUUCUCAUGCGUUUACUUUGACUACUAAAUCAAAGGCCCAGUUUUCAAAAGAACCUUCCAAGUGAAUGUUUCGGACGAGGAGAGUUAAAUAAAAAAAAAAAAAAAGAAAACAAGUGAACCACUCGGUUAGGUACUUAUUUAGUUGCAAAAGAUUUACGUUCAACUCAGCGAAUAAUAAAAAAAAAAAUCUGAAAAACUAGAAAGGCAUACAUUUAGGUCUUCAAGGUGGUUUUAUGUGUCUUUUGUAAUUUAUUAAUUUGGGAUAUUUAUGGUAUUUAUGCUUGCAUUGCACAUUGUCGUCUAAGUUGAUGUGUUUUCUGCAUUUUUUCAUGAUUUUUCGUUCUGAUGAAUCGCGCUGUCAGGUCAAGGCUUUGGUUUAUUGUUGUAGAUACUUUGGUUGUUAUAAGAUCAAAGGGGGCCGUUUGUAUGUAUUUGAGUGUGGAAAAGCUUUAUUAAAAUAUUUUGAACAACA